GCACUUUCCACCUUUACACACACAUAUGAGAGUUGCGCAGCGCAAUGAGGCGUUGACAGUAUCGCUUGUUCUGCACGCGUCAGAGCCCAUACAUACCAUCGUGAUCACACGUAGUCCACUCCAGGACGUUGGGCGUAUUCUGCCCGUGACCUGGGCUGACCGCCACCGGCGGCACCAGGCUUAGAACUGCCUCUCUGGACGGGGCCAUCCCCGGCACUCCCAUCAGGACCAUUACUAUACCAUCCGCGACCAGGACCAGCAACGCUUCUUCUCGUAUUGUCUACACUACCGCUUUGCCCGGAGUGCCGUUGUUGCUGCUGCUGCUGCUGCUGGAUCGCUCGUGUUUGCACGUGUUCCAUUUCCACAGUACUGACCCUAUAUUCUUACCAGUCUAAGCGUUGCCUAGAUGGGUAAGACUACCAAGACGAAAGCGCUUAAGAAAGCCUCACGCAACAAGGCCCGCGUGUUGCUGCAAGACAUAUUGAUCGACAAGCCAUCGUCUAAGGUCAAGAAAGGGUCUGCCCGCGACAUAAUUGGCAACAAGCUGUACAAGACCGAAUUGGCGAUUGUUAAGGAGCCCAAAAGGCACCGUACGAAGUUUAUUAACUGGUACGAACCGGAUCCGCCGCAGGGACACACCCACGUUCCUAUCGGCACCUUGGAGCUGGUUCAGCGUUGCAAGGCAAUGUCGUUGGCAAAAGGAUACGAUGUUUAUAUCUCGAACAGUCCCAUGGGGCGCGGAUGGAGGACUAAACGUGAUAGAGUGUCCCACUUUAUCUAUGCCAACGGUCACUUCUUCAGAGACGAAAUAGUGGCGGAAGCAUGUGAGGCGCUUGACUACCUUCCAACGAGCAACGGGUCCUUUGUAAAGGCUAUUACUGUCGAUGAAGGAGAGCCUAUUCCAACAGGGCCCGCGGACAUGCGUUACGGACCUCUGGUGAAUUCACUCAUACAACUAGCAGAAGCAAAGCGGGAAGCCCGGAACGCCAUCCUUGAGUUCUACCCCAACAUCCCGGAAGAUGAUCUUGUCAAGCUAGUGGACCGCGCAUGGCAACCCAAAAAUGUCGGCUUCUCCGAGCAACCCUUCUUUCGGCGCAUCCACCUUGCCGUCAUCUCUCAUGUCCGCCACGUUUACACGCACUACGACCAUCUGCUCAAAGCUCUGGGCGGCAACGAGAACUGGGCUUUUGCAAGGGAGAUGGUACAGAAGGACUUACUAAUUACGCUUAUAACAUGGCGUGACCAGACUGAGGACGAUGUCGAAAUGCUCGAGACGCUUGAGGAAGUCAUCAAUCUGGACUCCGAUGAGGAUGACGGCAUGAAGUUUGAUGGUACCAACUCCGCAACGUCAAGUGGGGAAGAUAACGAUGCGUUCAUGGGCUACAACAGCGAUAUGAGCGUGCAGUAUAUUGAGUCUCGUCCCGUUAGCGCUGGCACGAACCCAGAGUACGACAACCGCAUAGCCGACCCUCAACAUGACCCUUACUCGGAAUACAACAACAGCCUAGUCGACCGCCCACGGGACCGCUACAAUCGUCGAAGCAUGGACAGAGCAUUCAUUGAUAUCCGCCAGCAGCAAGGCAGAGGCAGCACAUCCGGGCACUGGAGCACCGACGGACCACCUCAAAAGAUAACAUUUGAUGAGGCGCAAGAAGUCAUACGGCUCAGAGCGGAAGCUGCGUUGCGCUGCGGCGUCAGAUCCGAGCACCUGCCGCCAAUCGCGCAGAGACUACUGCACCCCGCAGCAGGAUCAUGGAUACGGCCGCCGCGGGCACCGCAGAUACCUCCGCCUCCGCCGCAAGCGUUGGUCCCGCCUCCACCGCCAUUCGGAGUACCUCCCCUCCCACCUCCACCUCCACCGCCGCGCGAUUAUAUCCCUCCACCACCGCCCCGGGACAUCAUCGCAAUCUCGUCGGACGAUGUUCCACCUCCACCGCGCCAGGAAGUCAUUGCCAUCUCAAGCUCAUCCCCACCGCCGCCUGCUCACUACUACUGGCAGCCGCAACACGACCGUCGCGAAGAAGUCCGCCACGUAGAGCCGCACCAUACUGUUCUGGAGCCUCCAUGGCGGCGCAACCAUCGGGUACGUCCCGUGGAAGAGCCUCCAUGGCGGCGCAAUAGCCUGGUAUGGGAGGAGCGUCAGGAAGACGUCAACUACGCUUAUGCUAGGCCUGUGCGUUACUCUGAUAACAAAUUGGCACCACGACACGACCACCAGCAGUUCGACGACACCAACAGCGUAUCAAACGAGUACAGUGAGGAGUACCGUCCGCUUCAAUACGCACCAGCCAUCGGGCAUCAGCAGCAGCGUCAGCAUCCAGAAGCACCAGUCGGCUAUGCCAACCCGCUCGCCAUCUACGCUCCACUCGCAGAAGCCCACCGCAGCGAUGGCAGACUAUACCAGCCACCGCAGGAGGCGGGCGAAGAGGAGGUUGCCGUGGAGAUGAGACGGGUGGAAGUUCAGGAGGAUGAGUUUGGGAGGGCGCCGGGGGAGAUUGAAUACGGCGGCCAGCUUCUGCGUAGAAUGUAGAGGUGGGCGUUAGCCGUGCUUUCUCAAUGGCAAGUGGGAGAGGAGAGGAGUGGUAAUGGCGAUGGGAGGUUUUGUGCCCUUGAGAGUGAGGUUGGGAUGCCGUUUCCCACAGUUGUGUAUUGAUGCAACAAGCGCCAAGCGCUUUUCUGCUUGACAAUGGUUCCCACGAUGGGUAAAUGCGUGAUCUGCUGCCACGUCUCCCAGGAGGUGCAAGGCGAGACGAUGAUCGACCGUGGGAUCCCGUUGUUUUCCUACUAUCGACACGGCGGG